UGGAGGGCGGGGAGCGAAGCGCUGCGGGGAUGGAGGAGAGGGAGCGGCUGUGGCGGCAGAUCCGGCUGCUGCAGGGUCUCAUAAAUGAUCAUAAAAACACGCACGGGGACAUGCCACGGCCUCUGCCAUCCACACCACCGAGGUGGAACAACCCCCGCCAGCCUGCCUUCGGCAGGAGGGGGGCAUUUUCAGCCAGGUACCCCCAGCAGGCUCCUAGGGAUUUCCAGCUGCGCCAGGGUCACUCCUGGAGGAAAAAAUAUUCCCUUGUCAACCGGCCACCGGGAUGGGCGUGUGACGUUGGAAGCGGUGGGAGUGCCAGCACAUCUCAGGCUUUUGGAAGUCAUGGGGACGGCCCGGCACCCGAGCCAUCGGAAUCGUCCCCAGAGAGACAUGUGGACUUGACCACAGAUGGUAAUAUAGUUGUAGGGAUCCAGCUGCCACAGAGGGCCGGCCCGUUUGCGGAUACGAAAGGUUUUGCUGAUGUGGGUUCUUACUGUGAGUUAUCUGGGCUGAAAACGGUGGUCACUGUGCCGGGUGACAGUAAAGGCGCGCAGAAAUCUCCAUACGCAUGCCGAAAUGAAGAGAGAAGACCUUCUCUCUCGGUUUCAUUUAGUUCAUCUCACCGGUUCGUGAGUUCAGUGUACGGGAACGUGUCGGAUAAGCCUAGAAUGGUGCAUCUGGCCAGCGACGUGGCCGGCAGCUCCCCUGCCUCUUGCGGAAGCACCAGUGAAAGCGCCGUGACGCUGAAAUCGGAGCCGCAGGAGCCUUCGGUGUUGCCAGAUCGCGAGCUGGCUCAGCACUUGGUACAGAGGAAGGCAGAACCGCUCGCCCCGGGGCAGUCUAGUUGUGAGCAUGUCAGGGAUGCUUUCAGAGAGCCAGAGCAACUUGGAAAUGGUGAGAUGCGCUCCAGACCUGCUCAGGCUGCGACUUUAGUGGGUGGGAUGACUCCAGGGAAGAGCAAGUUUUCCGUCGUCCCCAAAGCUGCUGGUCUCCAAAGAGCUGCCUCAACAUCCGUCUCCAGCAAAGUGUCAAAAUUCAGGAAAACUAAUUACACGUGGGUCGCAAACCCUGGUAAAUGCUCUCGUCCUGUGAAGAGAUGGGUCAGCCCAAGAGCUUCUGAAAGUGCUAAGAAGGUCGCUGGUGGAGCGGAGAGAGGUCCUAAACUAUCACCAAAAGCAGACUUGGGAGCAAAGCUGAAGAAAUCAGGACUGCAAUCCAAACUGGGUGUUUCUCCCAGCAAGUAUAAGUGGAAAGCCUCCAGCCUGCAGACCUCACCCUCCACCUCCAAGUCAGCGUUCAGGUGGCAAUCUGAGGAUCAGAAAAAACCUACAGCCUUCAACCACCCUCGAGCUGGUGCAGCCCCACCUCCUCCGAGCGCCGGGUCUGUUGGUCACGGCGGGGUGAAGCCCUCCUUCGGCGAUGUUGCGCUGUCCAGUUAUAAAGUGAAGAGCAGGACAAAAAUCAUCAAGAGAAAAGGAAGCUCGGGUUCCCCGCCGGAUAAGAAGAACGGCUCCUCACCCACCACCCUUCUGAAAAGCCACUUCCAUCUCAGGAAGAAAAACUCUUCACGGGGGAAGCCUUCCACGCCGCUGAAACGUUCCUCGCCCAAGGGUCUGGUGCAGAUCACCAAGCACCGGCUCUGCAGGCUGCCGGCCACCAGGAUGCAAGUCUCCACCAAAGAAGUACACAAACUGACUGAAGGUAUCCCCAGCACAGUCACAGUUGAAAUUACUGAUGCUUCCCGUGCUGUGAACCGCUGCCUGCGCGGAUGAGCCGAGCACCUUCCGCAGCGCUGUCAGGACUCCCCAAAUCCCACCCCAGCAGAUGCUCGGCUCCCUGUAAAACCUGGUACCAACUCACACGCUUCGUACAGCGAUUCCUUUCCGUUGCUGCUGUGUUAGAAGCCGUUCAUUCGAGGACUUGCCUGUUCACUUUGUGUGCUCUGCAAAGCGAUAUAAAUGAGUAAUACCCCUCAGAAUAUGUAGCAGAUGCCUAAGUGCACCUGGGGUUUUAAAGUUCCUGGAGCUUCAAGCUGCAUUCCUGUGCUUGAUCUCAAGAGAUUGCAGACCAGCGGGGAGCGAUGGUUGUGUUCUCCUUUGCUUAAUCGCAUCGUGGUGUCUCUGACUUUGGCUCCAUUCUCCUCUGUUGGUCACUGUCCUGGAGGUUUCAGGAGUAGAUUUCUG